UCUCUCAAGUGAGGUCCACGGAGACCACUAUAGUAUGGCCGACGCGCGGACGCGCGUGUGUGAGCGGGUGUGCAUGCGAGUGUCUGUGACGUAGGACUGGUAAGAGUCAUGGAGAUGGCUUACGCGGACUACUCCAAGAUCCUGCCGGCCAUGAAGGACCGAGACCAGGACUCGGUCAGCUCUGACGAAGUUUCCAACGUGGGAGUGAGCAGUCAGUGUUGUCCCGACAAGGCUGCCAACCCUGCCUACAAGAAUGGCCGAAGAUUCCAGCUGCUGCAGAUGUUGAUCCUGCCGUUCAUUCCCAUCCUAGCGCUCAUCCUGCAGACGUCCUUCACGCUCAGGGACAUCCUGUAUUACCACCAAGAAGUAUCGGCUAUCGAGAUGCAGGUUACGAUCGCUACGGAGCUCGGCAAGGUGGUGACCCAUAUCCAGAUCGAGAGGUCAGAGGUUGCCUUCUACAUCCAUACUAAUGGCAGCAUGCUAAGAGGCAACCUGAGUGAAAGGUUCGCCAAGACCGACCAUGCUCUGGAUGAAAUGAUAGAUUGGCCACCUUUCAUAUCCAAGGACCCUGAAAUAGAGUCCAUGUCCAAGGAGAAACUAAAGGAGAGGCUAGAGAGCUACAGGAGAAAGAUUGACUCCGAGGAGAGCAGCAUGAAGGACAUGUUAAAGUGGUACAACUCACUCAAUGCUGCCAUGCUGAACCAUCUGACAGCGCAGAUUAAAGAAACCGACAACAGUGGGGUCUGGAGGUUAUUGAUUGCAUUCAAAAAUCUUCUGAGGAGCAUAGAAAAUUUUGGAAUCUCUAUGGCCUACGGUAUUAACUAUUUCGGAGCUGGUGUGCUUCCCAACAGCAGCUACAUACAGUUUGUAAAACACUCGUUCAUUGCGCAAGACGUCCUCAACACGACGUUCAACUACGUCCCUCAACUCAGGAAAACGUACUACGACCUCAAUGUUACCAUGAUGAAAGAGAUCGAAGUCAUGCGAAAAGCGAUUCUAAACAACAAGCCGCGCGAUAAAGACCCUAAAAGAGCCAAAGACUACUUCGACUUGAUGGCCAACUAUGCCUCGGAACUGCGCAAGUUACAAGCUCUCAUACGGGAAGAUAUCAAAAAUUACAUUAACGAAACCUUGCAAGAUGCCAGCAGUAAAGAGGCCCUGGGAAUUGCUAUUUUGGCUCUCGUCUUGCUGAUAGCUCCAAUAAUCAUCAUCCUAGUCCGCAACGCUGUUGCUACCAUCCAGAUGUACGCGGCUCACCUGGCAGAGAAAGCUCAUGAACUCAAGAAAGAGAAGCGGAAGAGUGACACUCUGCUGUAUCAGAUGUUGCCACCCAGCGUCGCGCAGAGGCUCAAACAAACACAACAGGUACCAGCAGAGUAUUAUGAAGCAGUAACUGUUUACUUCAGUGACAUCGUCGGCUUCACUGAAAUAGCAGCCAUCAGUACACCUCUUGAGGUGGUGACAUUUCUUAACUCCAUCUACAAGCUAUUCGAUGCCCGUAUCGAGUGCUACGAUGUGUACAAAGUUGAAACCAUUGGAGAUUCCUACAUGGUGGCUUCUGGCCUUCCCGUCAAAAAUGGCAACCGCCACGUUUCCGAGAUAGCAACGAUGGCACUGGACUUGUUGGCGGGGUCUCUACACUUUCCUGUGCCACACCGACCGGCCCAGAGACUCCAAAUCCGCAGUGGGGUCCACACGGGGCCCGUGGUCGCAGGGAUCGUAGGCAGCAAGAUGCCACGUUACUGCCUCUUUGGGGACACGGUCAACACCGCCUCCAGGAUGGAAUCUACGGGAGAAGCGCUGAAAAUACACAUCAGCCUCGAAAUGAAGAAGGCUCUGGAUGAAGUGGGUGGAUUCAGGACAGAACAUAGAGGUUUUGUUGAUAUAAAGGGUAAAGGUGUGCUGGACACCUAUUGGCUGACCUGCAAGGAGGGCGGGAUUGUCCGCAACGAACAGCUUGACACUCCUACGUUCUUCCGAGACGUCGAGCCCACCUUCAUCAAGAAACUGAGACUAUGCUAGUGACUCUAUCCAUGAUUAAGUUCAUGGAUCUUCUACUGUGUUGAUGAAGUGUAUCACUUUUAGUUCUAGGUAACUUAAUUUAUAUGUACAAAGUACAAUGUUUAAUUUAUACGUAUAGGUAUUUUUGUAAAGUGAAUGGACUUGAUACGAUUUUUAAAAAAGAUACACUUUAGUACUAAAGUUUAGUUUUUUGACACAAUUCCAAUUUAAAAUUCAGUGUUACAGUUAUAAUUAUUUAUAAUUGUUUAAAUUUUUAACACUGAAUAACUUCUAAAUUGGUACCAAAUUAUUAUAGAAACUUAUAAGAAAGUGCAACAUUUAUAACGUAUCUCCCAUGCACAAAGCUGAAUAAAGAAUCAAAAUUGUGCAAAAUAUAUAAUACGUGGUUUCAUUCUAAAGUAUUUGCCAAAAAUGUCGGUAUGUAUGUAUAAAUUUAUAUAAUCUUCCACUGUGAAGUGGCUAAUUUUUAUUAAAUUUGGCAUUUGAAUAUAAAUACUCAUAUCAUUUUUAAUUUUUUAGAGUUUUUACACCUCACGCUAAAUAUAACUUUUUAAAGUGAAGAACAAUUUUGGAGGAAAAUUUAUCCAACAACUAAAUGAAAAUUUGCAUGACUUGUGUUCCAUUAAAUGCUCAACAAAAUGGCUAUAAACAUUUCCAUUUGUUCAAUUUUUUAAUUUUUACAUUUUUUUUUUACUUUUACAACCUAAAAGUUAUGUCUUGGUAUAAAAAGAAAUGCAUUUUAAAAGGAUCUUGUGAUUGUACUGACAAUUUAUUGAUAAAUUAUUGAAAUUACAUAAACCACAUCUAAAAAAUUAUCUCAAACAUGUUUAAUUUUUUAUUUGUACAAAAAUUCAAAACAUGAGGUAACAUGGUUACGCCCUAAUUUAGGCGUUUCAGAAUUCUCUCUCCCUCUCUGACAGUGUGGUAAUAUCAAAAUACAACAUGUUCAAUUGUGUAAAUAGUGUAAAAGAUUGACUUUAUUUUUUACAGAUUAAUUUAUUAUUUGAGCAUUAAAAGGUUGGAGGUAGAAUCUAACCAAGCUAUGUAAUUACUCUAAGUUUUAUUUAUUUUAACUAGCUAAUAGUCUUGUACAUAUAUAAACAUAAUUUAUUGUCCUAGUGUAAGUACAAUCUAGUAUUAUUUUAAUUUAUUUGUAAUUUUAUGUUGAACUGAAAAAAAUCAUCUUGUUUAUGCUAGUUGUGUAGUGUUACCUGUUUUAGUCAUAAUAUUUUAGUGUAUUUGAUGAUUUUUUUAAAGUUUUCGUGGACUAAUUAAGGAUAUUUUGUAUUUUAGCCUACAGUCAGUGCUUCUUUGAUUUUGUUAUUGUUUUAUUUAUACCUAGGCCUACUAAGAAUACCAUACUGUGUGGAACUAUAUCAUUAUCUGGUAUUAUCUAGCAUACUGUAAGAAUGGAAAAGAUAAAGAGAAGUGAUAUUCCAAAAAGGCAAUUUUAAAAUGAAUUAGUAGAUUUGUAUAGUUUGAAAAUCUAGAUUUACAAAAAUGAUAGUUUAACACAACGUAGUUUCUUGUGAAAUCAAUCGAUGAAUUAGCGAAGGAAUAAAGUGAUUUUCAAUUGCACUAGGUUUGGUGGGAGUCAAAAUUAGAGAGUGAGAAAAGGUUAAAAAUACCAAACUAUAAUUUUUCUCAAUUCUAAUGUCUUUGAGAACUGACUGUCAGAAAUGUAAUCCAAUUAAAUAAUAAGAUUGAAAAUGGGGACUUUCAGAUCACUUUCAGUCUCAUUGGCUGAAAUCUAACUAAUAUAUUUUACUUGACAAUAGACAAUAGACAAAUUCUUUAAUAAUUGCAACUCCGUCAAUUGAAAAGAACUAAAAUUACAAUAAAUUUUCUGAAAAAGCAAAAAAAAAAAUACAACAGAUAUAAUUGUAAUUCACAAAAGAUCAGAGUCUAGUUAAUUGUCAGUUUUCCCUCCUCCAAUGUACUGUUCAAUCGUAUAAAAAGAAUUCUGCAGCACCCACAGCUUCACUUUAGUUUUCAAUGUCCUCGCAUUGAGAUCUUUGAAGUCUUCAGGCAGGAUGUUCCACAGUUUUACGCUCAUUUAUGACGUCUUCUUCUCAAACAGAGGAAGACGAUAUGCAGGAAGAUGGAAAUCUGUUGCUCGUCUGGUGUUGUAUUGGUGUGUUACAACCUCUGGGAAAGCUACUCUCAUGAACAAAGGCUACUGCUUCCAGCACAUUCAGGGAUACUACCGUCAAGAUUGAGAAGUUGAUACUGUAACUACUUUCUCUCAGCAAUAAGCCAGCAAGUGCUCUUACUGCUUUGCUGGGUCACCAGUAUGCGGUGAAGAUUUCUUGUGGUAGAACCACCCAAGACGAGGGCAUAAUAAGCUGUUUUGGCUAAUGAUAUGUCAGUGACUACUUUAAUUCUUUUAAUGGAGUACAAGCUAGUACUUAAUUUCCUACACAGGAUGUCAAUGUGAGAUGUCCUUUUGAGGUCUUCAUCUCUUGUCAGUCCCAAGUACUUUGCCUCUGUUUCUGCUUGGACAUUUGGCAAGUGCACAGAUUUUUUUCUUCCUUGUUCCGAGUACAAGUUGCUGAUUUUAGCUUCAUUAACCACUAAUCGUUUGGUGGCAAUAUUGUACUGUUAUAUUCAUUGCUGUAAAUGAUCCAAUCUCCAGGUUUUCUGAGGUUAUGUCAGAAAGGAGCAAAACAGUGUUAUCAGCAUACAUCAGAGUUGUGGCAAAUUCAUUCAGGUACUUGGGUAGAUCGUUAGUAAAAAAUAAAGUAAAAAGACCAGAUCCAGGACUGAUCCUUGCGGGACACCCUUAUACCUGGAAAGUGGAUUAGUUGUAACUUGUAGAAUCUUGUUAUUUUGGGCUUGCCGGAUUUCAACUACCUUUUCUUCGUUGGUCAGGUAACUUUCUGAUGAUUGGUUUUUAAAUGUACUAUAAAAAGAAUAUUAUAAUCAUUAAUAAAUGUACCAUUUUUAACCUUUGUUAAUUUUUAACCUUUUGGCCACCCUCCUAUUAAAGCUAGUGAGGCUAAAUGAUUACUUUCAUUCCUAGGGGAAAUUUCUCCAUUAAUUUUAUGAAAAAUUACAUUGUGUUCCUUAUAUAAUGAAAGUUAGUUCUUGCUUUUUGGACUAUUUAACACACCAAAGCCUAUCUUCUGAGCAGAAAACAUUAAUAAUUCUAAAAAUGUGUUAUUCUGACUAUAUAAUUAUAAAGAAAAUUGUAGACAAAACAGGGUCACGCAUUCUUUACGUUUUCAAUUCUAGUUGUUUUAUUUUGCCAAAUAGCAACAAUAACAAUAUUCACAGUCUUCUAUCAGCUGAUUGCAGUUAUGGUGGGGACGUAUUUGUGAAUUUUUAAACGAUUGUAAAAUUGUUUUUCACUAGAAAAGUGUUUAAUAUUCUGAUAUGUUAUCUCUAAGUUGUAAAAAUGACAGACAGGUCAGAGUGAUGAAAUCAACUACGAAUCAAAAAUGUUUCUUUGUUGUCUGACGAUAGAAUGAAAAAAAAAAACAGCUGUUAGUCACCUAAUUUAUGUGUAACAAAUUAUUAAAAUAUUUAUUGCAAAACUACUAUAAAAACUGUAUUUUUAUCACGACCAAAGCUGGCUUUUUUGUGUAGUUUUUUAAGUACAUAAAAUUUUACACGUACACUAACUAAUAAUAGGUUAUGACAAAAUCAAGGAAAAUAAUUUAAAGUACUGUGUAAAGAGUGAUUUUACUAUAGUUAUUUUAAAGUUCUGAAAACAUAUAAGUCUAAACGCAGUCUAUAAACAUAUAUUACUAAUCACUAAACGUUUUUAGAACGAUUGAGUUUAAUAUGUCACAUUAUGCUUGGAUCUUCUGUGAUUCACAGUUUUAUGUAAAUGUAAAUUUAAUGUCUAACACUAAUGUAAGAUGGAGAAUAAAGUUCUCAUUGAUUUAUUUUAAAUUGUACUAAAAGUUACAGAGAAAAUUUAUAUCAACUAGCACUGAUAUAAAGACCGAAAACUUCCAAAUUUUCAAUGUUGUAUUUAUUUUAUUAUUUUUAUUUAUUGUCAGUGAAUAUAUUUUAAUAAUUCUUGUUAAAUUGAAACGAUUAGUUUUUAUUAUAUUGAAAACGAAUGGUUGUAUACAUAUAUUAUUUUAAUGUUUUAUGGACAUCUAAUAAGAAUUUCUAUUUUUAUUAUUGAUUUGUUUUCAAAUAUUCAAUUUCUUCAUGUAUUUAAAAACUUAAUUUUAACACCUCAACAAUCAGGCGGUAGAAAAUAUGGAAACUUAUAUAUUUUUACUACCCAAAAAUUUACAAUUUCUUUAGUUACCUAUACUCUAUUUUUUUUUUUU